AAGAUUUUGAAUCGGUCCUCAGAGAGAGGAUUCCAGUUCUGCCAGCAGUUUAUACCUCCAGAAGUUACUCAUCUGCAGCAAAAGAGAAGACUGCGUGAUGCCUUGAAUUCUGCACUUGAUGAAGAAAUGUCUGCAGAUCCUAAAGCAUUUUUAAUGGGGAAGAGGUGAAAUUUUAAGGUUGGUGAAUACCAGGGUGCUUACAAGGUUAGAAAUGCUCAGUGAGAUGUGACCUCAUUCUUUUCCACUUUAAAGGAUGCCCAUGCUUGCCCAUUUCCAGGAGUACUAGUGAUGUAUUUGUCCCAAUAUGCGCUUGUAAGCUUUAC